CUCAGGAGAACAGAGCACGGUCACAGUUAUAAAGUCGAAUUAAAAGCACAUCCCCGGACAUUUAAGAUGAGCGAAACCGCUAUUUCGUUUGCCAAGGAUUUCUUGGCUGGUGGAAUCGCCGCUGCCAUUUCCAAGACAGCCGUUGCUCCCAUAGAGAGAGUCAAGCUUCUCCUUCAGGUCCAGCAUGCCAGCAAGCAGAUCACAGCCGACAAGCAGUACAAGGGUAUUAUAGACUGUGUGGUGCGCAUCCCCAAAGAGCAGGGCUUCCUGUCCUUCUGGAGAGGUAACCUGGCCAACGUGAUCCGGUACUUCCCCACGCAGGCCCUCAACUUUGCCUUCAAGGACAAGUACAAGAAGAUCUUCCUCGACGGCGUCGACAAGCACACCCAGUUCUGGAGGUACUUCGCCGGUAACCUGGCGUCCGGCGGCGCCGCCGGUGCCACCUCGCUCUGCUUCGUCUACCCUCUCGACUUCGCCAGGACGCGCCUGGCCGCCGACGUGGGUAAAGCUGGAGCCGGGAGGGAGUUCACCGGCCUGGGUAACUGCCUAGCGAAGAUCUUCAGGUCAGAUGGUCUGAAGGGGCUGUACCAGGGCUUUAAUGUGUCCGUUCAGGGCAUCAUCAUCUACAGAGCCGCCUACUUCGGCGUCUACGACACCGCCAAAGGUAUGCUGCCCGACCCCAAGAACACCCACAUCAUGGUGAGCUGGAUGAUCGCGCAGACCGUAACCGCUGUCGCUGGACUCGUGUCCUAUCCCUUCGACACAGUGAGGCGUCGGAUGAUGAUGCAGUCAGGCCGCAAAGGAGCUGACAUCAUGUACACCGGAACCAUCAACUGCUGGAGGAAGAUCGCGCGGGACGAGGGCACCAACGCCUUCUUCAAGGGCGCCUGGUCCAACGUGCUGCGCGGCAUGGGUGGAGCCUUCGUGCUGGUCCUGUACGACGAGCUCAAGAAGGUCAUCUAAAGUCCCUCGGCUCGCUGCUUUUAUAAUAUAACGUUUAACCCAAUAAAUAAAAGUGCACGGUGAGAAACGGUUAAAGCCGAAAUGUGAAACUGUUCUACCGGCUGGACUCGUCUGCCUUACUGGUGGGGCUUGCUCGGUAGUUUGCUGCUAGUUCGUAUUAACACAGAGAUGCUAAAUAUAUUUAAAUUGUAUGUUAGUCUAUUUUUUUUCUCCUUUUUUCCCUGUCCCAUCCGUCAGCACGGUCAUUCCUCGUCCUUCACUGUGAAACCUGCUUUGUGUUCUCCAUGUUCUUUAGUUGAUCGUUUUUAAAUCAUGACUUGAAUAAAUUGAACCUACUGAACAAUCCUA